AAGCCAGUCUCUGUGAAUGCGGCCGCAUGUCAAUCACCGGCUCUCAUGUGAUGGCUCUUGCCAAUGACGUGCCAGCCAUAUGGGCCUGGCAUCAGAGCUGGUAUGUAACCCACCCAGUCCUGCCUCUGAGGUGCCACACGGCUCCCUCCUCGCGUUUGGGCUGAGGAUAGCAGCAGCAGACAGAGCAGGGUGGCAGGAGAGGAGAGAGAGGUGUGAGAGCAGAACGCAGCGCCUCGCUCGCACAAGCAUCCGUGCAGGGCGUGUGGAUGUGAUGCCCACCCGGAGAGAGAUGGUGUAAACAAACCCGCUUUGCCCCGUCACUGAGCUCCACCACGGAGGUUGCAUGCCACAAUGUUGAGCCGUCUGUUCAGCGAGGUGCUGCCAGACGUCCAGAGGCUCGCAGCCGACUGGGUGGAGGACAAUGAGGUCGAGGACUCCAAAGCCAAGGAAGAUGACCACGAGCCCUGCCACCUCGAGGAGGACGAGCUGGACGAGCCACUGGAAGGCAGCAGUCGAGCUGAGUCUGAGAUGGCCGGCGACGAUGAUGAGGACGAGGAGGCCGAGGAAGAGGAGUGUGGGGAUGAGAACAGCGGGGACAAACCCAAGAAGCGCGGCCCAAAGAAACGUAAGAUGACGGCGGCUCGCGUGGAGCGCUCCAAGAUGCGUCGGGUAAAGGCAAACGCGCGGGAGCGCAUGCGCAUGCACGACUUGAAUUCCGCGCUGGACAACCUGCGCAAGGUGGUGCCCUGCUAUUCAAAAACCCAAAAACUCUCCAAGAUCGAGACUCUGAGGCUGGCCAAGAAUUACAUAUUAGCCCUCGGGGAGAUUUUACGCAACGGAAAGCGUCCAGAUGUGGUGACCUACGUGCAGAUGUUGUGCAAAGGCCUGUCCCAGCCCACCACCAAUCUGGUGGCAGGCUGCCUGCAGCUCAACACCAGGAACUUCCUAACUGAACAGUGUUCAGACGGAGCCCGAUUCCACAUGCCGAGUUCUCCUUUCUCGGUCCAUCCCUACUCGUACCGGUGUUCGCGCCUCUCCAGCCCUCAUUACCAGCCCGGAACCGGUGCUCUCAACUUGCGAAGCCACUCCUACGGCUCUGGAUACGAGGCCGUGUACCCGCCUGGAGGCACGUCCCCUGACUACAGCAGCCCGGACUACGAAGGCCAGCACAGCCCUCCCGUGUGCCUGAACGGCGGACUCUCCGGGAGGCAGCAGGAGUCCUCUGAGACUGACAGGAACUAUCAUUACUCUGUGCACUACUCUGGACUGACCACUUCUCGACCCAGCCACAGCAUACCCUUUGGGCCUUCGGGUACGCGCAGUGGUGGUGCGCACUCAGAAAACAUUCCACCAUUCCACGACGUACACUUGCACCACGACAGGGCGCCCCCAUACGAGGAUCUCAAUGCCUUUUUCCACAAUUGAUUCCAUACUACGGUCCAAUCAGGCUUAUUGACAUUCUAAUGACAAUCCUAUAAUGUUUAAUAUUGUUUGGGAAACAAGAAGAGUCUCUAAAGGGAGGUGAUGGAGGUGGCAGAAAGAGUCUUUUGAUUAUCUUCUGUAUUCUACUGAUGUCAUCCCUAUACUGUUGUACAUCAUAUCAAAGUGUGUCCAGUAUUAUCCUGUAUGCAGAAUGAGUGCAACUGACAUAAACAAUGUAUAGGCCAACAUGAAACAUGUUAUGACUCAAACGACUUAAAAUAAAAAAGUGUUUUCUAAUCGUCUGAAA